AUGCCCCUUUGUUUCGGGCUAGAUGUUUCUGUUGCAGCGAUAGGUGUGGGGUCUGAAGCACGUCAGACCUUGGUGAAUCUGGCACAGAACAACGAAGAAUACCAUCAGCUCAGCAAGCUAGAGAAGGACAAGCUCCUGAAGAUGUGCACUGACCAUCGAGAUGAAAACAUCCACAUCACAAAAGCCGUCCAUAUCCGCGACUCCGGCAAGAACGCCGCACAUGAUGUUACAAGAGCCUGGAAUGCGAUUCAGAACGAGGCAAUGGACGCCACGGCGAAGACCCAAGAGUUCUGCGAUAUGUGGAAUGCGGUUGGGUUUGUAGAGGAAGAGCAAGGACAUGGCUUGCGAUUCUGGAUGUGUGUGGACAAAGAUCGCGUUCGCGAGGAGACGGCCAACGACGACCCUUUCCCUCUCCUCGUCGCGGCCAGGGAUGAGAACCUGCGCUGUGUGAAUUCGGCACAUAAGCUCGAAGCGUUCGGGUUCAAGCACAUCGUACUUUUCGAUGACACCUGCGAGAAUGUCCAUCGGGCUGCGGUUGCGGAUGGUCUCCGCACCGGUGUUGCUGGAACGUCAGAUCUCAGACACGGGAUCGACGGACGGAAGUUCUUCGACGAUGUGUUCGCCGCUCUCUAUGACGAGGUCGACAAAACUGACACCAUAUUCGCGGAGGUUGGACCAGCGUUUAGCGAGGGAUCAGACCCAGUGAAAAAUCGAACGUUUCGCUGCGAUUGA